UUUUUUUUUUUUUUUUUUCACCCAUAACCUGAGCGCCUGGGUACAUUUCGAAUACGAACGCCUAAAGUUUAGAGCCCGUGGAAAUUACUCUGCAUCGCACCCAUGACCUGCACCCGCGCUUGUGCCCCAGCCUCUUUCUCCGUUGUCGUCCUGUCACCGUCUGUCCCCUCUGCAUACAUGACACCUCGAGUCUUCGACGACCAACUUCAAUUCUGCGUAUCGCCGCAUCGCCUGACGUGGCUUUACAGCCCGUCCCUCGUCGCUCUUCGCAUAUCGCUCCCGAACGGCGGUAACGUUUUGCUGCCUGGCCCGUCUCCCAAUGUUUCGGCAAUGAUCGCACCUCUGCAAUGUCGCAAGCCACCAGCACUAAAUGUGCUUCGCGAUGGGUGACGCGCAUCAUCCCCAUCACCAUCACGGGCACAAGCGGCUAUGCCACCUACGUGAUUGUGGCCUACUUAGGCGUCGACUACCUCUACAGGACCAGGGGUGAGGUCGGCGCCGCAGUAUCGACCAUCACGAUUUACCUCUUCUUCUACCUCCUCACCAUCGCCACCUACCUUCGAACUUUCAUUAAGAUCAAGAUGGAUCCAGGUCUGGUACCUCUCGGUCCUCAGGCCCAACAUCCGUCGAGGGAGUUGAACAAAAAACGCAGACGGAGGAAAGAGGGCGAUUUGGAAAGCCAGCCGUACUUCACCGGCCCCGAUCAAGACCCAGACAGCCCCGGUCUGGAGGCGUUUUACAGUAAAGACGUGUUUGUGUGCGAGAGUGACGGGCGGCCCAAGUGGUGCUCCGAAUGCCGCAACUGGAAGCCUGACCGGGCCCACCACUCGAGCGAGGUGGGACGAUGCGUGCGAAAGAUGGACCACUACUGCCCCUGGGUCGGCGGCAUGGUAUCGGAGACGUCCUUCAAGUUCUUCGCCCAGUUCACCUUUUACUGUACUUUGUACUGCGCGAUUGCCCUCGCGCAGGCAGCUUAUUGUCUUGCGUUGCAGGCGCGAGAUGGCACCGUCGACGGCAGGACCAUCUCUGGAGUUGCCAUCGCCGCCUUUUUUGGUCUCUUUACCUUCCUGAUGACUGCCACCUCAUGGCGCUUCAUCUUCCUUAACAUCACCAAUAUUGACGCCCUCCGCAAAUCGUGGGUGCACCAACUCGCAAUCAGGGUGCCUAACGGCACCCGUCCUGGCAAUCGCUAUGGGACAAUCACAUACCCCUUACCGAAUUCCUCGCGGGAAGUGCCGAUCUUCUCAAAUGCCACUACGGAUAGCGAGACUCCGCGUGAUCGUCUCGCAACACGUACUUUUGCUAUCGUUAGGACGGAGCCAGAUGAGAACCCAUGGGACCUCGGCUAUACCAGGAAUUGGAUCUCCGUCAUGGGGUAUAGCUGGCUGGAUUGGCUUCUGCCUAUACGCGGGUCACCGUGCGCCAACCACGAGAGCAUGGAGAGCGACUACGAAAUGGGCUCUCUCAUACAGACACUCCGUGAAAGGUAUGGCCUGACUGAUCCCGACCAGCCCUCUCGCGAGAUGGAGAUGCAGGAGAUGCGGUCCGGUGGUCAUUGAUCAAGGGAGGAGAUACCCAUGGGUUAUAUAUAGUUUUCGGGCGGGCGUUUGGAACGGUUUAGACUACUUUGAGGGUUUCAGCGUUUGACUCUGGUGUGUAUAUGUAUGCAACCACGUGGACCUGUUAAUGAAUCUCUUUAUUUAUUUUUGUUAUCAAUUCAUUGCAAAAGGUCAGACAUUGUCUAGUACGACCCAGCGUUAUCUCCUUAC